GGCGGACGCUGGAAGGCUGUUCCUCACUCUAAUGUGCUUAGAUACUUGAAGCCACAAAAAGAUUUUCCCCCGAGGUUCCUCGUCUCCUGGCGAGAAGGCCUUUUCUUCUGCCUUGUGAAAUAACAGCGGCCUAGCUGGUGCCCAUGACCGGAAAGAAAGGUAGUGUCGCGGGCUGAAUACACCCAAAGGGUGCCGGCGCCGAAUCAGUUUCUAACGAGAACUUUUAAAACGAUUCGUUAUAGGAAAGGGUAGGAGCCGCGAGACCCUCUAACUGCCCAGGGAAAACAAGUCUUGUCCAGCAAAGUUCUUUGCUCAAGCGGUCCCCGGCCCAACGGUCCCUCGCCCCACGGUGCCGCAGCACAGCGCGUGCGCGAGCCGCUGUCAAACGCGCUGACGGAGGCCGAGAAGAAAAAAGCGGGAGCCGCCAAUCCCGGAUGGAGCAAAAUGGCGCGGGAGAAGGAGAUGCAGGAGUUCACCCGUAGCUUCUUCCGAGGCCGCCCGGACCUCAGCACGCUCACGCACUCCAUUGUGCGGCGGAGGUACUUGGCUCACUCGGGUCGCGACCACUUGGAGCCCGAGGAGAAGCAAGCGCUGAAGCAGCUGGUGGAGGAGGAGCUGCUGAAGAUGCAGGUGGAUGAAGCUUCUUCCAGGGAAGUCAAACUGGACUUUACCAAGAAGGGCAAGAGGCCUCCCACCCCUUGUUGCGACCCGGAGAGGAAAAGGUUCCGCUUCAAUUCAGAGUCGGAGUCCGGCUCUGAAGCUUCCAGCCCAGACUACUUUGGACCCCCAGAAAAGAAUGGGGUGGCAACAGAAGUCAGCCCAGCCAAGGAAGAGAAUCCAAGGCGAGCCUCAAAGGAGGCAGUUGAGGAGAGCAGUGAUGAGGAACUGUGGAGAGACCUGCCCGCACAGAGGGGAGGAGAGGAAAGCAGUGAGGAGGAGGAAAAGGGAGAGAAGGGGAAGACUAGGAAGAAACUUGUGGCAAAGAAGCAGGCAUCAGGCAAGGUCUCAGUCAGUAGAAAGCAGGCCAGGGAAGAAAGUGAGAUCGACGAAGAACCCGUUCAGAGGACAGCAAAGAAGGUGGAGAGAAGCAAAGGAGCUAAAAGCCUGAAGGAAAAGGAACAGAAGAGUGAAGAGGAGGGGGAGAUCCUAGCCAAGAAGAAAGAGCAUAGAGAGGAGGAAUCGGGGGAGAAAGAGAAAGAAGGGGAGGAGGAAAAGGAGAAAGAUUGGAAACCCAGAGCCAGGAGCAAUGGCAGGAGGUCAGGCAGGGAAGAGGGGAGCUGUAAGCAGAAAAGUCAGGCAAGGAUGCUCAUGGGAGACCCGGACAGCGAGGAAGAGGAGAAAGAGGCAGCAGGCAGUAGGGAUGACAGUGGGAAAGAAGAAGAACCCCUAGUGCAGAGAAAGAUCGAGGACAGGACCCAGCUUAAGGGUGGGAAGGGGUUGAAUGGAAGCAGCGAGGACGAGGAAGACAGUGGGAAGGGGGAACCCACAGCUAAAGGCACUAGAAAGAUGGCCAGACUGGGCAGCACCAGUGGUGAGGAGAGUGACUUGGAGAGGGAGGUGAGUGACAGCGAGGCAGGGGGAGGCCGCCAGGGGGAGAGGAAGAACCACUCUUCCAAGAAGAGCACCAGGAAAGGCAGGACAAGAAGCUCAUCUUCCUCCUCAGAUGGAAGUCCAGAGGCCAAAGGAGGGAAGGCUGGCUUAGGUCGCCGUGGAGAGGACCACCCGGCUGUGAUGAGGCUGAAGCGCUACAUUCGGGCCUGUGGUGCUCAUCGCAACUACAAGAAGCUGCUGGGCUCCUGUCGCUCACACAAGGAGCGCCUGAGUGUCCUCCGGGCAGAACUGGAAGCCCUAGGCAUGAAGGGUAAGCCUUCCCUAGAGAAGUGUCGAGCCCUGAAGGAACAGCGGGAAGAGGCCGCUGAGGUGGCUGCCUUGGAUGUUGCCAACAUCAUCAGUGGCUCAGGCCGGCCACGCAGACGUACAGCCUGGAACCCUUUAGGAGCAGCAGCCCCUCCAGGGGAGCUAUACCAACGGACCCUGAACUCAGAGGAAGAACGGCCCCGUCCUGCACCUCCAGACUGGUCACAUAUGCGUGGCAUCAUCAGCAGUGAUGGCGAGAGUAACUGAGCUCCACCCCUCCCAGGAGGGACCCUUGACACAAAUACAAAGCAUACAUAGCACCCUGUGUCUGCAGAGCAGAAGCAGCUUUCUUCAGAGAAGACUGCAGCCCCCAAGGACAUAAGCUGUUGGGAUGCUACUUCUCAGCUUCACCCUCUCCAUUUAAGGUGUUUAUUUUUUAAGACUCAAUAAAAGGAGUGUUUAUAGUCACCUCAUCAAAUCUGGUCCCCCAUUCUCACCUCCUGUAUUUCGGGCCAGAAAACUUGACUAGUAGCUACUGCCUCCACCCCCCACUCCCUUGGCCUGGUUGCCUUUAAUUUCCACCAGGUUCCUGAAGUCCCUGCCUCCCGACCCUGUCAUCCAGCAGCCACCAGACUCUAUUGGAGAAGGGGGUGUGGCUCCUCUGCUUUUAGCCCAGUCUGAUAACCUAAUGCCCAUUUAGGAGGGGAGUAGGAUGACUUGAGGGCAGCUGGUGCUUAAGCCUUCCCCCUUCUGGAAACAGCCACUUUGUCCAGGGGCCUCGAAGGGUUGGGGAAAAGCCUAGACAUCCUGGGCCAGUCCGAGCCCUCCAGGCCUCUUGCUACAGGCCCAGUCUCUGCAGUCAUAUCAAGUCUCCACUGGACUCUUGGCUGCUGAGGCUUGCAGGAAGAUGUGAGCAUGGAGCUGCCCGGGAUCUGUGUAGGAGGCAAACCUUCUAUGAAUCUUUGAAGCCAAAGCAAAGAAAACAGGAAUUACAGGUCAAGGGAUUGAAGACCUUUGAUAGCUGAGAUCUGGUCAUAUCUGAAGUCAUUAAAAUCACUGAAGUGUUUAGAUACACAGCCCAAUAAAUUCUCUUU